AUGGAUCCCGAAAACCGACCCUCGAUAGGGACAGCCGGAACUUCCUUUGAGAUGUUCACGGACUGGGCUUUGAGAUCGUCAACAAGUUAUGGCAUCACUAUCGUGCUACUUUUUACUCUGGGGCUCCUCGGACGAUUCCUCGGUGUGGUGAAGUUUCAACUUGAGCGCUUAUGGAAAACGACGGAACGAAAAACAAUAGGUCAUGAAGAUUAUGUCGGCCUUCAUGACGUUGCAAAUGGAGAAGCCCAACCACUCAGACCGGACGGUUCACUCGUAACAAACGAGAAGCGUAAUUUUGUGGGACAUUUUUGGGUAGCAGACGAAGGUCGUAAUGUGAAAGAGGACGGGAUUCGGGCACUAUUGGAAUUCGCAAGAGCGAUCAUCGCAUAUAUACUCGUUAUAUCCAACCCAGCGCUUAAUUUUGUCGUGAUCGUGAAUCCAAACAGCGGGCCUGGAUCGGAGCCUUGGUGGCCGAACGCAGACUAUAUUCGCGAAAUUCCGAAGUUGAACGCCCAGCCCAACGUACGAACCGUAGGCUAUGUGAGCACAGCGUACUGCAAGCGAACCAUUGAGGAAGUCUUCACAGACAUCGAUCGAUAUGCAACUUGGGCUGUGGAAGAUGGAGUCUUAGAUUUGGGUAUCAACGGGAUUUUCUUUGAUGAAACACCCAAUAUUUUCACAAAUGAGGUGAAGGACUAUCUUGGAGCUAUCACAAGGAAAGUGAAGGAGUCCAAACAGCGGCUCGGUGAUAGACUGGUUUGUUCUUCCGUACCGGUCAAAGUGGACGGCUAA